AUGGCGUACUCGACCGAAGAUAUGGUAGAGUUUGUUCUGAGGUCUGUACAUUGUGCAAUAUCACUAGUGUUAUUCAUACUCUACACUACGAAAUUGUUUCAACGAAGAUUUUAUUUGUUAUUGGUGAGUUUGGAGAUGCCUUGAAUUGCAAAAAUAAAUCAUCAACACUUGUUUAUUUUUUAGGAACAUCAAUGGCUUAUCAAUCAAUUAUUUUGGACUCUUUCUUUGGUUUUUAUGCUGGCAACACUUUUACAUUACAUUCCUCAAAUCAUAAUGCUUAUCACUGGACCAAAACUUCAAGCAUCAUCUUAUAUCUCUUUAGGAAUGGUUGUUGCUUCAACUAUUCUAAGGGAACUUAUAAGCGCAAUUAUACCGAUGUUAACUUCAUUUUGGAUAUUUUUAUAUAUCAAUCUUCGUUUUCUUCACAGAAUUCUUGAUAUUCAACAUCCAUUGUUGUUUAUGAAAAAGAUCCAGGUGGCGAUUGUAAUUGGUGUUUCGAUUUUCUGCAUGUGGAUACAGAAAAAACUUGCAGCGGAUUGUCAGAAUACAGGAGACAGGCAAUGUGAAUUUCAUAUGGUAAGUGAUGUUUUCUUAUCUAUUUCGAAGUUUCUUUCAGAUGUUUCGAUCGAAUCUGACAUGCGAUCAUACAUUUUUAGCGUCUAAAAAUACGAAUACAUCGCUGAAAUUGAACGUGUUGUUUGAAUUGUUCAACACAGGAAGUAUUCCGCUUGUAUUCUUAUUCUCUUUAGGCUUCCGUUUCAUUAUACAGAAGUCUGAGCAGCUUGAGGAUUUGGACAAAUCCAAAUUGAUAUUUGGGGUUUUUCAACACUUGCCAAUCUUUGUGUAUGGACUUGUGAGUUAUUUUUCUAUUCAGGAUGCCUCUGUACUGUUUUAUUUGUUCUAGAUUCGCUUUUUCCUCGCACCAAUCUAUCUCAUCUACACUCCUGGAUCAUUUCCACCCUUCGAUGUUUUCGCAUUUGGUGUUUAUUGCAAUAAUUCAGAAAUCUUUCAAUUUUUGAUUCCUCUACAAUUUUUAUUCACAAACACGAAAUUGGCGGCGAAAUUGUGGAAGAAACCGUUUUUGAAUGAUACAGCGAAUCAAGUUUAUAUUGAACAACAAAAUGAUGAAUCGGAAGAGGGCAAAGGGCAAAUUGGUGUUGGAGAUGGGAAGGACGAGCAGGUUUCGCGUUUGAGUAUCAAUUCGAAUAAUGAGAAUCCGGUUACUGAGAAAUAUUGA